AUGACGGCCCAACAGCAGCCGCGGGAAGAGGCCGGCGAUACGGGCAAGGCAGUUGAGAUCGAGCUUCAGCAAAUCGUCUACAUUCUUCCUGGGGCUCACGGUGGAUAUUCGGUCUAUUUAGUUUCCGAGGGAUCAACAUCGGACGGGGAGCGACCUUUCAGUCUUCGGGUUGCGCAGGGACAGGAGCAUGAACUUCCGGAUGGCUUCCAAAAGUUCAUCCUAGAGCGGGGCAACCUCCCCCCACAGCAUCUAAGAGCCCCGCGGGAAUUAAACGUCGUGGUAUCGACUCACUCCGGCCUUCGGCUCGCCGAGAGUUUCUACCAGGAGGUACUGCAACCCCUUUUAGGGGCCGUUGGGCUAGCACCCCACAAGGACGAGGGGAGAAAUGAUGGAUACAAGGUAGUCGUAACCAAGAACCAGCACACCCUCCGGGACUUCUCGCGAGCACUCGGCAAGGACCCCAAAGUCAGCGACAAGACCGUGGUUCUCCUCUCGGGUGACGGCGGCGUAGUCGAUCUCCUCAACGGCCUAGAUCACUCGAGCGCCCCUUCGGCUCCCACCAUUGCUUUACUCCCACUCGGAACGGGCAACGCACUCUUUCACUCUCUCCAUAAACCGCACUACUCGGCCACUCCGUCCGCCCCAUCCCAUUUCGUCCUCGCUCUACGUAGCCUCUUCCUCGGCACGACAUCCCCUCUCCCCGUGUUCCGCGCUUCGUUCUCUCAAGGCGCAACGCUAGUUUCCGCGCCGGUCGAGCAUGACGCGCCCGUGGACGCUACCACCGCCGAGGCACCGAAAGACCACGAAAAAGAGACGCCCGUCACCCACCUCCUCGGCGCGAUUGUAGCUUCCUACGGGUUUCACGCCAGCCUUGUGUGGGAAAGCGAUACGCCGGCGUAUCGUGUGCAUGGAGCCAAGCGAUUCGGUAUGGCCGCGGCGGAACUACUGAAAGUGGAACAUGCAUAUGAUGCGGCAGUUGAGGUUAGGAGAACAUCUGAUGAGGCGAGCUUUGUCCCUGUCGCUGUCCGCGGGAAGAAACAGGACGAGCAAAGCGGGUCGCAGAGCAACGGCUUCAACUACGUCCUCGCGACGCUCGUUUCGAACCUCGAGAAGACAUUUACCAUCUCUCCGGCUAGCCGGCCGCUUGAUGGGCAGCUGCGACUGGUUCACUUUGGCGACGUCGGCGGGGCGCGUACGAUGGAGAUCAUGACGGCUGCGUAUGCUGAGGGGGACCAUGUGAAACUCGAGGAUGUUGGGUAUGAAGCGGUGGAGGAAGUGAAGGUGACGGUUAAUGAGGAGGAUCCGAGGUGGCGGAAGGUGUGUAUUGAUGGGAGUAUUGUUGAGUUGGAGAAGGGCGGGUGGAUGAGCGUGGCUAAGGAGGGGAGGGAACGAUUGAGGGUGUUGAUUGAUGUUUGA